AUGUCGUCUCCCAAGCGCUUCUCAUUAUUUCGAUCGCGCGAAAACUCCGUGAGUCGGCUAUGCAAAGACGUGGAGAGCUCGAUCAAGGAGUUUGAUCGCCACCUGACAAUGCAAAAGGCCAUCACAAACCGAAUCGAGUUCUGGGCAUCGACGUUGGACGAUGAGGAGAUAUCUAAGGACGCAGAAAAGCUAGCAAUGGCACUCAGAGAGUACUGGGUCGAAGAAGAAAAGCUCAAGCUGGCGCUCAAACACUUUUCCGACAUAUUUCGCACCCUAGGAUGCGAGGAGGAUGCGUUGAUCCAGUCCAAGGCCAAGCUAGAUGCCGCAGAGAAGCAAGUCGAAGCCGUCAAGCUCAAGGCGCGGAACAAGGACCCCAGCAAGGUAAUUCACGAUCAUGAUAUGAUCGCCAAGUCGUCGAUUCUGCACUCGCAGGUCCGGGCAGCCACAAAGACGACGUUCAUCCGAUUCAACGCAGCAGCUCAACGUGUACUUCGAAGGGCAUUCACCGAGCUGUUCUCUCAGUUUAGAGAGGUAGGAUGCUCACAACAGGAUGUGGUAGUACGUGGAUGGACUAUUGGCAACGGGAUUGCGUGUCCCGACGACGAUGAGCCACGUGAUACCAUACGUACUAUGAACAUUGGGCGAUCCAAGUCAGUACAAGACUUCAAGAGUGAGUCGGUUAAGGAGAGCAGGGCUCGAAGAAGACCGGUACCUGCAUCCACCGGUAGUAUUCUGCACCGAAGAGGCAGUGCAGGUGUGAUGGAGCCUAGUGCAUUCUCUGCUCCCAUUGCGAAGACACCCAUGGGUCGCUACGAUGACGGGUACCAUUUCAGGGGAGGGAUGCUAGGAGGGAUGGGGAGUGCAUCGUACAAUAGUCACGCCCGGUCGACAGUUCCGGCUUCGGUAACGAGCACUCCCCAGUCGAGCCGGACGCCCCUGUCCAACCAGACUUCGCCGUUUCUGUAUGCUCCUGCCAUGCAUCCUGUUGAUCGCAAUUUGUCCGACGAAGCGAUGCAGUGGAAUGAGGUGGCAGAAGGAUGGCAUCACGACGAGCGAGACAGGGAGCAUGAAAGAGUUGGAGAUGGAACUCCGUUGGUUUAA